AUGUCCCUAGGUAGAGCCUUCGCCGGCCAUCGUUUGGACCAUAACAUUGCUUGCGCCGCCCAGAACGGCUUCGCAGGCAUCGAGGUCUUUUACGAGGAUCUUGACUAUCUCGCCAAAGAACUGGGUCAUAGCUCGGGAGACUCUACGCCUUCGGAAGAUCAACUUCUAGCCGCUUCUUGCUUGUUGAAGGAGAUGUGUCAGACUAAUGGGCUCGAGAUCCUCGGAGUACAGCCUUUUCUUUUCUAUGAAAGACUGGUUGAUCGAAAGGAGCACACGCGGAUGGUCGAGAAGAUGCAGCCGUGUUUCAAGAUAGCUAAGGCAUCGGGGAUAGACAUCAUCCACAUACCUACGCAGUUCGUCGGGAUGAAAGCGUGA